AUGGCGCUGUCGUUUAAGAAAGACUUGGAGAAGUACAAGGAGAUUGACGAGGAUGAGAUCCUUAACAACCUGUCAGAGCAGGAACUCAAACAACUGGAGACCGCUCUGGAGGAGAUGGACCCAGAGGUAUGGAGGGGCGGGGUGGUGCGUCUCUCUGCGUCUGUGUCUUCCUUGUGUUUACUCCUUGUUAGCUAGACAGACAUCUCAUUCUUAUCAACGUUUAACCUCCAACUCAACUCUCGCAAUCCUCAACUCUCAAUGUUGUGAAAUCUAAGGGAGAGGGAAAGAGAGCGUGUGUGUGUAUUUAUGUGUUGAUUCUGCAGAGAGUCUGCCAAGUGUUUGUAUGGUUAUUUGCUAGCGGAAUGGAGCAGAAUGGAGCAGAAUGGAGCAGAAUGGAGCAGAGCAGAGUAGAGUAGAGUAGGAUAAUGAACCCCCCCCCAGAGCCAGAGUGAGACCAAUAGCCCUUUUUAAACACUAUUGUAGUGAUAUUACACAAUACAAACCGACAGAAGUAUUGGGAAAUGUGGGAAUAGGCCUAUUUCAAGACACGUUACGUCUAAAGUAGAGAGCAUCUUAAACAUUAUUCUUGUCUUUCACUUAUAGACAGCAUGAGUGAGAUGAAUCAACUAACUAGGCGACCAUAGGAACACAACACAUCACCGAAUGUAGCCCUAAUGUUUUUAAACAUGGCACAUGAAUUCUCCAAUCACCAAUUGAUCAAUCAGUCAAUAAACCCGUGUAUCCACCCCUCCGUGUCUCCCCCCAGAAUGCAUUGCUGCCAGCGUCGAUGCGUCAGAAGGACCACACAGUGAAAGCAGCCACCGGCCCCUACAGCAGAGAGAAACUCCUCAGUUAUCUGGAGAAGGAGGCUCUGGAGUAUAAAGACAGAGAUGACGUAGUGUCAUUCACUGGAGAGAGGAAAGGUAUGGUACCUGGUGUGUGUUGA